GGUCCGGGGGCCCGGCGGCUGAGGGGCUGCCAGGGCCGGCUCUUGGCCCCGGCGGGCGCCGUCCCCUUCCGCGCCACCUUCUCGGCCCGGGGGAGGGAGAGGCCGCUCAUCCCUCCAAGAUCCCCGCUGGCCUCGGGCGGCCGCCGCGGGCAGCCCUCGGGGCGGUGAGGACCCAAGCCGGCCGCCUCGUCGUCGUCGUCGUCGUCAUGGCGCCCACCAUCCAGACCCAGGCCCAGCGGGAGGACGGGCACAGGCCCAACUCCCACCGGACGCUCCCGGAGAGGUCCGGCGUGGUGUGUCGGGUCAAAUACUGCAACAGCCUCCCCGACAUCCCCUUCGACCCCAAGUUCAUCACCUAUCCCUUCGACCAGAACAGAUUCGUCCAGUAUAAGGCCACGUCCCUGGAGAAGCAGCACAAACACGACCUGCUCACCGAGCCGGACCUGGGCGUCACCAUCGAUCUCAUCAACCCCGACACCUACCGCAUCGACCCCAACGUUCUGCUAGAUCCCGCCGACGAGAAGCUGCUGGAGGAGGAGAUCCAGGCCCCGACCAGUUCCAAGAGGUCCCAGCAACACGCCAAGGUGGUGCCCUGGAUGCGCAAGACCGAGUACAUCUCCACCGAGUUCAACCGCUACGGGGUCUCCAACGAGAAGCCCGAAGUCAAGAUCGGGGUGUCGGUGAAGCAGCAGUUCACCGAGGAGGAGAUCUACAAGGACCGGGACAGCCAGAUCGCCGCUAUCGAGAAGACCUUCGAGGACGCCCAGAAAUCGAUCUCCCAGCACUACAGUAAGCCGCGGGUGACGCCGGUGGAGGUGAUGCCCGUCUUCCCCGACUUCAAGAUGUGGAUCAACCCCUGCGCCCAGGUGAUCUUCGACUCGGACCCGGCCCCCAAGGACACCAGCGGCUCGGCGGCCCUGGAGAUGAUGUCUCAGGCCAUGAUCAGGGGCAUGAUGGACGAGGAGGGGAACCAGUUCGUGGCCUACUUCCUGCCCGUGGAAGAGACGAUGAGGAAGCGCAAGCGGGACCAGGAGGAGGAGAUGGAUUACGCCCCCGAAGACGUUUACGACUACAAGAUCGCCCGGGAAUACAACUGGAACGUGAAGAAUAAGGCCAGCAAGGGCUACGAGGAGAACUACUUCUUCAUCUUCCGCGAGGGCGACGGCGUCUACUACAACGAGCUGGAGACCAGGGUCCGUCUCAGCAAGCGGCGGGCCAAGGCCGGGGUGCAGUCGGGCACCAACGCCCUGCUGGUGGUCAAACACCGGGACAUGAACGAGAAGGAGCUGGAGGCCCAGGAGGCUCGCAAAGCUCAGCUGGAGAACCACGAGCCCGAGGAAGAGGAGGAGGAAGAGAUGGAAAUGGACAAAGAGGCCCAGGGCUCAGAUGAGGAGCAGGAGAAGGGCAGCGGCAGCGAGAAGGAAGCCAGCGACGCGGAGGAGGAGGAGCGGUCGGCCAGCGAGAGCGAGCGGGAGGAGAAGGAGGAGAGCGAGAAGAGCGGGAGCGGCGAGGAAGAGGAGGAGGAGGCCGAGGAGGCCGAGGAGGAGGAGGAGAGCAGCGAGGACGAGGCCCGGGCCGCCAGGGACAAGGAAGAGAUCUUCGGCAGCGACGCCGACUCGGAGGAAGAGGCUGACUCGGAGGAGGAGGAGGAGGAGGAGGAGGAGCGCGGAGACCGGCGGGCCGGGGGCAGCGGCGAGGAGAGCGGCAGCGAGGAGGAGGAGGAAGAGGAGGAAGAGGAGACAGCCGCCCGGCACUGCCCCAGCCCCUUCCUCAGCGGGAGUGACCGCUCCCCCCAGGACGAGGCCAGCGCCAGCGCCAGCGAAGGGGCCUCUGACUCUAGCGACGAGGACGACGACGAUGCCAGUGACAGUGACUGAGCGGGGGACGGGAUGGGACGGGAUCUCAAAGCCCGAGAGUCCCCCUCCCCUCCCCCUGCCGGGUCCAGACCCCACCCUUCCUCCCCCUACCCCGGGGAGGGCACUUCUCAGGACUGGAGCAUAUGGUGAUGCUUUUUUUUUUUUUUUUUUACUUUUCGCUGUUUAUUAAAGCAUUUUUGUCUGCGC